CCACGACGUCGAGGACGCCCAUUCAUCGGCGAAAAUCCAUCUGUGACACUACAUAGCGUCUUUAGUUUGGUUUUCGUUCGAAUUAUUUCACGUAUCAUGAAGUACACUUGGUUGGUAUUGGCGGCCUGCAUGGUGUUGGUUCUCGCGGAGUUGCUCCCGGGGGCCGCUGCUGGACCCUACCUAGAUGACGACGAAGGUCUGCCAUCAGACGACGACUACACGGAAAAUGCCAUCGAUCGCUUGUUACAAUCUGCUCAGAAACGAGCCUGUGUGAGAAGAGGUGGGAACUGCGACCAUCGACCCAACGACUGCUGUUACAACAGCUCGUGUAGAUGCAACUUGUGGGGCUCUAAUUGCAGAUGUCAACGAAUGGGGCUGUUCCAGAAAUGGGGCUAAAUCCCGACCCAAUCCACCGGUCUCAAAGGGCGCCCGCCGGCGAAUUAUUUUCCUUAAGAAAAGAACUGAUUUUUGUAUUGAUUGCAGAGGCCCGGCGGCCCCCUUUGAGACUUUUUCUCCUCAAAAAAUCGACAAUUGGCGCGUUUUACGGAUACGAUUAAUGCAUGGUUUAAGUUCCUUUGGUUUUGUUUCGUCGAACCCAAACAUUGCUUUGUAAAGUCGAUAAUAAUUAAAACAAUAAAAAAAACACAAAUUACAAUUUAUUUUUGAUACGCUUUUUCCAUUUGGGUUUCACUGAUGUUGUCAUCGAGAUCUUUUGACAACGAUGAAGGAAUUUCUGUGUGCGAAAAUUCAAAUUCGGCGCAAAUUUCGAAGUGCGGCGAGCGACAUCUGGCGGUGAUUUGGUUCGAAUUCGUAGUUUAUGCCGAAUUUUCAAUCAGCUGCUCUCCCAUUAAAGGUUUUUCCAGCCACACCCUUAAUGGGAAUGCAUGACUGACUAGAUUAUCUUAGGUAAUUUCUAUAAUAUGACACUAUAUUGUAAUUAUGUAUGUAUGUAUAGAUGUAAUGUCAUUAAGGCGACAUCUGUGGCGCUAGUGAUACAGCCGCAGAUUCAAGCGCCAUCUAACAUUGUUGUUAGUGAUUUGAAUCCUAUAUAAAUAUGUUUCUAUGUGAAAGGGUACAACAUUCAAAUGAUUCUGUCAAUACUAAAUAUAUCAAUU